AUGCAGUCUUUUAGAAAUGCUACUAUUCAAUAAGAAAGGCCAAGGGGAGGAAGUGUAAAUGCUAAAUCUUUUCUGAAGAAUGCACAAAAUAAUAAUAAGGGAGAAUAAUAGUCAUUUUUGCUAUAAGCAAAUAAUUCAAAAAAGACAUUUGAAUCUUAAAUGCCCAGCAAAAAUUAAUCCUCCUAACAUGAUCUUCAUCUAAGUUAUUUGAAUAAUUUAUAAAGCACUGAAAAAUUAAUAAAAAAUCAGAAAUUUUCUACAUUAACAUAAAAAUUCUCAACUCAAAAUUUGAAAUAUUUGAGUCCAUCUAAUGGAAAUACGUCAAAAAUAGAUAUGCCAUCUGAUAAUAAAUAAUUAUUGAUCCAAACAGCAAGAGUAAAUUCCUUAUUGUAAGAAAUAUCUGACAUUAAACUACAAAAUGAAAAAGUCAAAUAGUUUUAUUAAUCCUAAAUUCAUAAUCUGUAGAACACUUAAGACUAAUUAAAAAUUGAAAAUAUUAGCUUAUCCAAUGCAAUUAAGGGGUUGACUCAAUAACUUUCUGACGCCAGAUAAAUUAUGCAGAGGAUUUAUAAAUAAACCGAUCUUCAAGAAUUAAAUAAUUCUUUUGAUUACAUUGAUUUCAACAAUAAUUCUAAUAUCUAAAAGGCUUUUUAUCAAUUUCAAUCAGAAAUAUUCCAAUUCAUUUUUGAAUAUUAAAACCAAACAAAUUAGAAAAUUCAAUAGAAAUAAUAAUAACUAAACAAAAUCAAUAUUAAAUUGAAUUAAAUUAUAUAAAAAUAAAAAGGAUAUGAUCAUAAAUGCAUAAUAAAUGAAUUAUAAGUAACAAAUAAUAACCUCCUUAAUCAGCUAAAAUCUUAAGAAGUUUAAUUGAAACUCUUUCUUCAGAAAUCUCCCGAUCAAAUUACUUAUUAGCUUGAAGAAUAAAUUAAUGAAUUCAAGAAACAUCACUAAACUAUUAUCAAUAAUCUUGAAUAAGAGAAGGAAAUUGCAGUUGAGUAAGAAGCAUAACUGAAAAAGGAAUUCUAAAAAAGGAUUUAGAAGUUAGAGUAAGAACUAAGUGUACUAUUGGAUGAGAAUUAAAGAAAAGAGCAACUGAUAUCUGAAUUAAAUGACUUAAAUCAAUCAAAAGUUCUUCAAGUAAAAUUAUCCUUAUUUUUAGAUGCAAAAAUAAGAAGAAAUAUCAUAAUUAACAAAUAAAUUAUAAGAAGGUCUAAAGAUUUAAGUUAAUCUAAAUGAUUAAAUAGUAGUACUGAAAUAAAAUUGUAAUAGUCUCUUAAAUGAUUUUGAAAAAUAACAGUUUGAAAUAUCAAAAUUAUAAAAGGAAAAACAAUACUUUCAGACCUAAUUCGAGGAUCAACUAAAUUAAAACAUGGAAUUAAUGAAACAACAAUAAUUAUAAAAUGAAAAUCAUUAAAUCUAACUUACUUCAUUAAACAAUGAAUGGCAAUAAUAAAAUUAUGCAUUAUCUGAAAAACUAAAAAUUAAUGAAACAAAAUUUAAUAAAUUAUAAGAAAAUCAUAAUAUUUUAGACAAGUAAAAAUAAGAACUUGAAAAUUUCCUAAAAUAAUAUCAAAAUGAAUCCAAUAAAUUUAAAGAUUAGGUAGAUUAAAUCUAAUAAUUUUAACUUAAAAUUAAUAAAUAGAAUUAAACCAUCCAAAAUUUAAUUUAGUAGAAUUAAUCAUAUGAAAAUAUGAUUAACAAAAAUGCGUCUGAAAAGAAGGUAUUAGAAUAAUAAAUUGUUGAAUUAAAAUAAAAUAAUUAAUGCAUUUCUUCAAAUAAACAAUAAGUAUAGCCAAAAGAUAAUAAGAAUGAAGAUGAACAAUCUGAAAUUAAAACAAGAUAAAUAGAAAAUUGUGAAUUAUAAAGGUAAAUUAAAUAAGAGCAUGUAAAUUAACAAUAACUCAAAACUUAAAUUUCUAGCCUAUAAAAUGAUAUAACAUUAUAUCAAUUAUAAAAAACAUAAUUAGAAUAACAAUUAGAUCUAUAAUAAAAGAAUAAUUCAGAGUUACUAACGCAAAUGGAGGAAUUAACUUAGAAUAACUUAGAUCAAUAAGAGUAAUAAGCUGAUGAAUGGAAAAAUCAAUAUAAUAUGCUCUCGAAAAAGUAGAAUUAAUCUGACCAGAAUCUAAAUUAAGCCCUUUAGAUAAAUGAAAAGUUAAGAGUAAGAGUUCUAGAGUUGGAAUAAAAAUUUGAGGAAGAGAUGGAUCGAAAUUAAUAAUUAGUUGAGGAAUCAAAGAAGUAUUCAAUUGAUUCAAAACAAAAGGAUGUUGAGAUCUGUCAAUUUAAAUUACAAAUAUAAAUGUUAACUUAACAGCUUCACAAUCUUGAAAAGGAGAAAGCAGAAUUAAAAGUAAAUCAAUCAAAUGACCGAUAAAAUGGGUAUGUUUAAGUUAUAAAGGAAUAUUAAAAUCAAACCAGUCAUUUAGAAUAUGAAAACUAAGAGUUAUAGGAAUAAUUAAAGUUAUAAUCAAAUGCUUAUAAUUAAGAAUUAGAAUAAUGUUAAUUAAAAAUUUAAUAGAAUGAAAAUGAAGCAAAAGAAAAUUUAAAUAACUAAAAACAUCUCAGCGAUAGGUUACAAGAGACUUUAAAAAAUUUGGAAUAGAUCUAAUAAUAAUUACUUGAUGAAUAGCUUAAAUCUCAGUAAUUAAUGAAAUAGUUAUCAAGCAUAUCCGAAAAUAAGAGUUCUUCAUAGCCUAAUUAGGAUUUUAUGGAUCUAUUCGACGUUCAAUAAUCUCCAAGAGGACAAUAAAUAGGAACUGUAUAAUUACCUGAAACAAACUAUUCGGAAGAGUAGAUUUCUAUUUUAUCAUAGUAGCUCCAUUUAUUAUAGUAAUAAAUAAAAUAAUUGAAUGAGAGUCUAGAAGAGAAAGAUAUAUUGAUUAAUGAAAUCAAUCAACAGAAAUUCUUAAUAGAGAAUAGUUGGAAUAGGUCAUAAGAAAAAAUAACUAAAUUGGAGAGUGAAAUCUUCGAGUAAAAAUAGGUAUUGUAAAGAUUGGACCAAUCUUCAAAAGAUAUUAAUCAUUAUUAAUAGAAGAUAUCAAAUUAAUAAAAGAUUAUUUAAAGUCUCUAAAAUUAAAUUGAAAAAUUAUAAAUAGAAUUUUAGGAAUAAGAAAAUAAUCUAAAAAUACUACGAACUAUCAAAGAAUAAAGUGAAGAAUAGGUAGCAAAUAAAGAAUUGAUAGAAUAAAAAGAUGAGGAGAUUUUGAAAUUAUAGGAAGAACUGAAAAAUAUAUAUUAAAAAGUAGAAUUACGAAUGAAUAAAUCUGUAAUUAGUAAUGGUUCUAAGAGAAGUUAAAAUAUAGUGAAAUUUGAAUAGUUUGCAGAUCUAGAUGAAAAUGAUGUUUCUGUUGAAUCAAAUGAUGAGGAAUAAAUACUUGAGAAAUUGAAUUUGCAAAAAAUAGUGAAAGAGAACUGUGAUAAAAUGAUUCUGACUUAACAGGAAUUAAAAUAAAAAGAACAAGAGAUUUUAGAUCUAAAAGAAGAAGUGAAUAGAUUAAAAGGAUAAUAAAUAAAUUAAUCUUUGAAUAGUCAAGGAGCUGAUCAUAAAAAUAAAGAGAAUAAUAACGAUAUGAUUCAAAAAUAAUAGUACGAAAUUUUGGAUUUAUAAAAAGAAGUCGAAAUAUAAAAUUAAAUGAUUUAAUAGUUGUUAGAUGAAAAAAGGUAUUAAUUUAUUUUAAAGCAAGGCUUCUUGAAGAAAUCAUCCAAACAUAAUAAAAUAACAACUAAUCUAUCAAGGAGCAAUCUCAGUUUGAUUAAAUAAAUGAUUGGUUUAAUUGA